CGUUUUACGAUUUCGUUUUCGUCAGAGAUAUAUUAUAUUAUUUUCUCAGCUAGUUCUAGUAGCAUAAUAAUCAUGUGCCGUUGUAGAUAAUAGUCGUUGUUACCUAGUGUUUCUUUCAGAUAAUGUUAUUUUACUGUUAGCAUUUGUAUGGUACAAUCAAUCGCAAUGGCAGCAACGAAGGAAGCCAUUGUGAUUUGCUUGGAUGUUGGCAGAGAAAUGCAUCAAUCUGGUUCCCUAGAAACCUGCGUUGAUGCGAUUACGAUGAUUCUUCAGCGAAAAAUGUUUGCAGAGCUGAAAGAUGAGGUGGCCUUGGUUCUAUUUGGCACAACAAAUACUGCUAAUCCGCUGGCCGAUGGAGAUCAGUAUGGAAAUAUUACCAUUGCAAGAAAGUUAGGAUUACCAGACUGGCCGUUGCUGAAAUAUGUGCAGAAUGAUCUGGUUGAAAGCGAUGCAUCUGCUGACUGGUUGGAUGCAUUGGUCGUGUGCAUGGACUUGCUUGUUACAUCAACAGCUGGGAAGAAGUUUGCAACAAAGAGAGUUAUCCUACUCUCGGUUCUUGGAGGUGAUGUCUGCACAGAUCAACUGGAUGCGAUAGGUCAUGGUAUAAAGCAGGCUGAAGUAGAGCUCAAUGUCAUUGGUCCCAACUUGGGUGAAGGCAGUAAUGAUGGUGGUGGGGAUGAAGAUCUGCCGCAGGUGCCUGGUGCCUCAGCAUUCCCUCAUGGCAAGCCGAAAAGCUCACAGCAGAUACAAGGCGAGACAAUCAUGAGGCAACUACUAGAGGAGGUGAAUGGAGAAAGUUAUUCCUUCAGUCAAGCAUUGCCGGCACUCAGCUUUUUCCAAACUCGAAUGGUUCGGCCAGCUCCCUGGAAAGUCAACCUAGAGAUUAGCGAGAGUUGUCCAAUUCCAAUUGUUGGAUAUCUCCGUGUGAAGGAGAGCAAACCAAAGAAAAGUUGGCAGGUUGGUUAUGCAAGGGAUCCUGAUCAAAAGCUUGACAGGAAAACGGAGUAUCAUCUUAACAAUGAUGAACAGACAGAAAUAGAAAAGGAUCAUACGGUGGAGGGUCACAGGUAUGGAUCGACAUUGGUGCCAUUUUCUAAAAUUGACAAGGAUCUCCUAUCAUACAAGGCUAAAGAAAAGUGUCUCUCAGUGCUAGGCUUUGCAAGUGCAUCUGAUGUAAAGAGACAUUACUACAUAGGUGAUAGUGUGCAUGUGUUCGUUGCCCAGAGCCAGGAGACUGCUGUUGCAUUAUCAGCUUUGAUCCAUGCACUCCAUGAAACAGAUUCAGUUGCCAUAGUGCGCUAUGCCUACAGAGCUGGUACUGCACCAAGAAUGGGGUUUAUGUCUCCACACAUAAAAGUUGACUACGAGUGCUUGCUAUUCAGCUUCUUGCCCUAUAUGGAGGAUAUUCGUCGCUUUACAUUUGCAUCGUUAGAUACUAACAAGAAAUACAUCCCAACAGGGGAACAAUUGGAUGUUAUGGACCAGCUGAUCACCACUAUGGAUCUAAGCAAUGCAAAUGAAAAUGAAGAUGGAGAAAGAGAUGAAGCAUUGAAACCUAAGCUAACAUUUAAUCCAUACAUUCAAAGACUAUACCAGUGUUUGCAGCACAGAGCGUUAAACCCUGAUGAGCCUCUUCCUGAACUAUUACCCCUCGUAGCCAAGUACCUGCAGCCGUGUGAAGAGGUAGAGGCCAGGUGCGAAUCUACAGUCAAACGGAUGCGAAAUCUGUUUCCUUUGGAAGAGCUGCAGACGAAGAAAGAAGUAGAGACAGGUGCUUCAGUGUUCCAAGAUCAAUUUAAGUCUGAAAAUGAACCGGACGCCAAGAAACAACGUGUUGGUGAUGAUUUAACUGGGGGUAUGGCAGCUCUGUCCAGGCUGCCAAUCACGGAGGUAGGCACAGUGUCUCCAGUGGAUGACUUCAGAGCAAUACUAGUACAGAAGAGCAUGAAAUUCAGCGAAGCAUGCAGCAUGCUACAGAAAAGGAUCGUUCAGUUGGUGGUAGAUUCUUUUGGAGCCCAGUUGUAUAGCAAAGCCAUUGAAUGCUUACAUGCUCUCAGGGAUGAUAGCGUAAAGAAUAGUAGUCCAGAUAGCUUUAAUCUUUUCCUGAAAGAGUUCAAGACAGACAUGCUUAAAAGCAGAGCAUGGUUUUGGGAGAUGGCUGUAAAUGAGAGGUUGACUUUGAUCAGUGCCGUUGAAUGCACACCUAGUGAUGUUAGUCAAGAAGAAGCGGAUGCCUUCCUGGUUAAGGAUACGAAGGAGGUUGUAGAUACUAUCCCUGCAGUGGCAGAGGUUGAGGAAGCUGAUGACCUGCUUGACAUGAUGUAAAAAGAGCAUGUAAAAUGUGUGAAAAGGUCCUUAUAAACUAUGCGAGAGAUGCAUCGGCCUGAAAGAAAAACUUGCUGUGCUUAUAGAGAAAAAGUAAUCACAGGUUGUACUGUGUACUAAUGCUGUGGCUAAUACCGAUUGUAAAAAUCAAGAAUCGGAUGUUUAUUUCACACGGUUUCGUGAAUAGACAUUUUUGUAAUAAAUAUAUUAAGAAGCACUAUAUAUAGGUAGGUAGGUAGGUAUUCAUAACGAUGCAUAUGCAUGUACACAAAUUUCUGUCAGGGGGCCAGAUUGAUGUCAGGAUCAGGAAUACUGUAUAGCGAAUCAUGUGGUUGUCUUGAGCCAGGUUGCAUCCGAGGUUUUUGCUAUUGCAAGAAAUUUUGCUUCGUUUGGUUGCAAAAGCCAUUAAUGUCAAGGUGAUUGCUGCAACAGAAGUGUAGACUUCUGAUAUAACCUCAAUACCUAAAUAUUCAGCAGAGGUCAAUGCUGGAAACAUGAUGUAAUUUUCGUUGAGUGCAUUGCUGCCUGGCCAAGGUGUGUUAUGUGAAAGUGGCAAGGGGAGGAGUGCCAUCGCCUUUCAUGUUUAUCAUAUCAAAAUUGAAAUAACCCAUUAAUUCUUAGCACAAUUCCUAUAUUAUUUUUCAUGCCAAUGAUUAUUAUGCAUCAAGUAUUGUAAUUUAAAAUUAAUAGGGGUUCUCUGGGCUAUUACAUCUUUACUAAUAGAGCUGCUAGCUAUGUGCAUAUUCCUUCUCACAAAGCCUCUGAACAAGGAGCAAAUCCAGAAGCUACAAGGAGCCUGGACAUCAACGGCUGCAAUCACAAGGAAGGGGGGGGGGGUAAUACAAGCCUAAUAUUUCAUUGUGGCAAAAUUCAUGGUCGAAAUCGAGUAAAGUAUUUUAAACUUAUAUAUGUACUAGAAAAAAUAUAGUCAACAUCUAUUGAGUCUUGGAUGAGAUAGAAUAAAAUACUUUUAACAUAAAACAUGUGAACAUUCCACGUUGAUAGAUGACUUUAUGUCUCAAAAAUUUGUAUUGUGCUAUACAUGUCGAUACAUUAAUUGCAGCUGAUAGCAAUGUGACUCACCUGGGAGCCACUUACAUAGGAUUCUGUUAAUUGGCUUGCUAUACUGCAGCCUUUAACAGGUUAUGUUUAUGCCUUCUUGGAUUGUACAUGGUACGAGACUUUGGCAGUGAUCUUUGUUUGGUCCUUGUAAAUGCAACACAGUAGAUUAUACUCUAAAGCCAAACCUCGAAUGACUAGUCUAUAUAAUUAUAUAAUUAUCUCGUAAAUGCUCUUGUAAUUGACUCCCACUUGCCUCUAUAUCCACGUGUAUAAACGUGCAUAUAUCUGAUAGCAAGACGUAAAAUGCAAACCAAUAGAAAUCUCAUGGUGAAAUUAUCACAUCACAGCAUAACAAUCAACAUUAUACAAACGAAAAUGUGUACACAUGUAAAGUAGCCGUAAAAGUAAACUAGUGCCGUUCUGUUGCUAAACAUACAUGUAUGUUAAGACACAGUGUACGGUCUGGAACAUACACAGUGUGCGUUCCUGCACACUACUGCUCUAUAGAUAAGUUCCCUAUUAUCUACUUCUGAUAUUACUGAAUAUUCCUGUACAACGAUAAACUCGGGACAAGUGCUUCAAUGAAAAUAAUUCAUGUUCUCCUAAUGCACGUGCUUGAAAUGAGGGAAUAGGUAAGCCAUCUAUUAACCAGUUAUUUAGUUCCUUUUAUAGAAAUCUACAAUUACAUAUUAUCUAUAGUGUAUUCUUGCUGUUGCUGUGCAUGACUGUACGACUUAAUGAGGGCAUAGGGUCAUUAACGUGUCGAAUAGUUGGCAAGAAUGUUCACUAGAAUUUAUUUCUUCAAUAUUAAAACUGCUGAAGCAGUGAUAAAAUAA